GCGCGUCGCGGCGAGUCAGUUGUGCACCGUCGGUCGCGCGUUACACAUCGGACGGAGUAGACACCGUGAACGGUCUCUCGCACGUAACAGUCGGCCAAAUCCAGUUUAGCGCGCGCGCACCACUCCGACGACACGUUCGCUACUUUCUACAAUCGCUCUCGCGGUCUCCACGCGCGCCGAAGGACGCUCUCGUCGGUAUUCGUACGUAGCAUCGCCAGUUCGGAAUUCACACCAGUUCGGUUCGAGCGACAACUUCUUGGUGACUAAGUCUCCGAUCUACCUGCGUGCCGAGUCUAUCCAGACACAGUCCGAGAGAGAGAGAGAGAGAGAAGAUCCAGCCAGAGCGCGUUAGAACAUGAAAACACCUAUGGAGAAUCAGCUGUCUUGGCUUGCGCUGUUCAUGACCGCCUUGUAUUCCCUGCUCGCUAGCUGCCGAGGUGAAGACUGCGGACACGAGGAGCUGGUGAGGUGCGCCAGGCCCCUCGAGAGAAUCAACAGCAACGGCCUGAGUUUUGUCACGAAAAAGGAGGAAUUCAACAAAGUAUGCCCAGAUCUCGAGGCUGGUAUGAAGUGCAUCACAAAAUACACGAUCGAUUGCAUGAACGACGAGCAGAGGAAACAUUUCAACUCGAUCUAUAUCGGCACCAACAUGGUCAUCAUGGAGCUCUGCCAAGACGGAUCGUACCAAGACGAAUUCCUGAAGCACGCACCGUGUAUGGAGGAAGUCAAGGCCGAAUACGAAAUAUGCUACAAGAACUACCAGAACACCACGCAAGAGAUCGAGAAAACCAACUUUAUCGCCAGCCGUGGAUCCUCCCUCAAGUCCCUAUGCUGCGCCUUCAAGGAAUACUUGGAUUGCUCUCAUCAUACGGUACGCCGUCGGUGUGGCGAUGAUUCAGCACAAUUCACGAAGAAAUUCCUCGACAGGAUGUCAGGCUCGCUAAUGAAGAUGCACUGCGCGACCUAUACGCACGAGGAGUGCUCCAUGCACGGCGCUAGUUCAAUGCCGUAUCUCCCCGCCAUUAUGCCAAUGACGCUUAUUCUCCUUAUGAGAUACUUCACGUAAUUGGCCGCGUCGGGAUCAUUUUUUUACCUUCGAAAGAUAGAGAAAGGGAGAACGAGAGAGAGGGUGCGAAAGGGAGAGAGAGAACAAGGGAUUCGAGGAGAGAAGAAUAACGAGGAGGCGGGUGAGGAAGAGGAGGAAGGAUAGACGAGAUGGGGAGCAGUCCUAAGACACGGACCGACGCCGAAGGAGGGAGGCCAUGCGGCUUUUAUCAUUCUUCGCUUCAGAGAGAAUAUAUUCCUUAUUUUCGAAGUGCUCGAAGAGAGGCCGCUGGAAAAGGAAAGAGAGAGAGAGAGAGAGGGAUACCGAAGGAGAACAAAGAAAGCAUUAGGUACGGAAGGAGAAGGAAGAUCUGAGGGCGGCGACGGACUGGAAGACGGAGCGAGGAGGACGGCGUCCCUUUCUUCAAAGGGACGAUAUUUUUCAUUUACGAGAUGGCGCGAGAGAUCACGUUAAUCGAUCGCGAACGGUAAGCAAGCAACAGCCAGGAGAGAUCAGUAUUAAGAACCGACGGGAGGGAAAAUAGGACACUUCAGAAAUACGUAAAAAGAGAAAGAGACAGAGAGAGAGGAAGGAGGGGGAGAAAGGAAGAGAAAGAGCAUCGAAGGCGCGGAAAAGGAUCGAGGACCAUUAGUAACGUUUCUCUUAUGCACGUCGCGAAGAUCUCGCGAACGGUGCA